AUGUCGGCUGCUAGAUCAUCAACUACAGCAUUAUAUUGUGUAUCAUUUCGAAAAUAUUUUUCUUUUGAUAAUAUGAAAUCAGUAGUUCAUGGUUUUGUUUAUGAAUAUGAAACGCCAAAAAUUGUAACAAUUCAUUCAGUUUCAAUCGCCGUUAUGUGUCGUCUUAUUCAAUUACUUAUUUUAAUCUACGGUGUUGCAUAUUUAAUGAUACAUAAAAAAGGCUAUCAAGAGACAGACACAUCAAUUAUAUCAUCGAUUACAUUGAAAGUUAAAGGUAUCGGUUAUAAUCAAACAGGACAAAAUCAAACCUUAGUUAUUGAUGGUGCAGAUUAUAUUGUUCCACCACAAGAAAAUAAUGCUUUAUUUUUAAUGACAAAUUUCAUUCGGACUGAUCAAGAACAUAAACGAUGUGCUGAAUCACCGGAUGAAAAACUGUCAAGCUGUAGAGAUGAUGCUCAUUGUGUGACGAAUAAAAACUUUCAAAAAGCUAAUGGAAAAUGGACUGGUCGUUGUUUAAAAAAAAAUAAUUCUUCAAUAAAUAGUUCUCAAUCAAUAACAGGUCUAUGUGAACUUGAAGGUUGGUGUCCAGUUGAAAAUGAUCAGAAUAUUCCAAAUCCAAUACGUGAUGCAUUAAAUUUUACAAUAUUCGUUAAAAAUUUUAUUGAAUUUCCACUUUUUAAAGUCAUUAGAAAAAACAUUCAAGCUAAUGUAACUUAUUUAAAACGAUGUAAUUAUGAUCCUGUUAAACAUAAAUUAUGUCCAAUAUUUCGUGUGGGAACUUUACUUGAUAUUGUUGAACCAGAUUUAAUGGAACAAACACAAAUGUUAAGAUUAGGUGGUGUUAUACGUGUUAAAAUACAUUGGGAUUGUAAUUUAGAUAAGUCAUUAAAUUUUUGUCAACCUGAAUAUUCAUUUAGACGUCUGGAUGGUUCAUAUAAAGAAGAAUCAUUUUCACAUGGAUUUAAUUUUCGAUUUGCAUCACAUUGGAAAUAUCAAAAUCGAUCGUAUCGAACAUUAACUAAAGCAUAUGGUCUUCGUUUUAUUAUUUCUAUCAGUGGUCAAGCUGGUCGUUUUGAUAUAAUAACAUUAACAUUAAAUGUUGGUUCAUUAAUUGGUAUUCUUAGUUUAGCAACCUUUAUAUGUGACAUUCUUGUAUUAUAUGUUCAUCGUCAAUCUGAUGUAUAUCGUCAGCAAAAAUUUCAAGAAGUUAAUUUGAACUCAAUGCGAUUAGAUAGUUUAAAACCUGUUUCAUCAAAUACACCACAAAGUGAAUCAAAAAGAAAACAUUCGAAUCAUUUUGAAAAAAAUAUAUCAAAUCGUAAUAGUAUUGAUAAUAAUGAAGUAUUAGCAAAUAUUGAAUGUACAGAUGAAACAGAAUUGCAGCAAGGAAAAACUAAACAUCAUGAUUUAUGUGAUAAUUUAUCAGUAGCGUCAAAAAAUACAAAUCAGCAAACAACACCAAUUUUUAUCUAUGGAAAUUUUCAUCAACAAAAAUUAGGUUUAAAUUCUUCAACUACAAGUCCAUCAUUAUCAUCAAUAAAACAAAGACGUUCAGCAACAACAUCAACAAAAUCACGACCAUCACACUUAGUAUAUGCAUCAAAUGAAGAAAAUCAAUUAUAUGAUAAAGCAAAUAUUUCUUAUGUUGAUGCUGAUUCUACAGAAUUAAUUGGAUCCAAUGAAAAGACUGAUGAAAAUGAACAUUUAAAUAAUAGUUCGUCACUUAGUCAUGAACAAUCUGCUGUACAUUCGCCAACAACUGAAACAUUCUUAUGA